CCGUGUCGUGUGUCCCCCCCCGGCCGUGGCGGGGCCGGGGCUCCCGGGAGGGCGCGGGAAGCGCCGCGGGUGACCUUGGGCCGCGCGCACCUGCCGCCGCAGCCCGGCGCGGGCCGGUCACGUGGGGGGGGGGGGGACGGACGCGCGCUACCCUCCCGGUCCGCAGGGGCCCAGCAUGGCGGACGGGCCCGGCGGCGGACGGGGGGUACAGGGGGACGGGUCCCCCCCCACACACACCCCCACCCCCCCGGCGGACGGAAGCCCCGGCUCGGCCCUCGCCUCAGGCAGCAACAGCACAGCCAUGAGCACCCAGACGGUGGCAAGGCCCAUCUUCGCAGAGGGCGAGGAUUGCCGGGCGGCUUGGCAGGAGGCACCAGCUGGCUAUGAUGCACCCGACGCCCACCUGGAGAUCCUGGGGAAGCCGGUGAUGGAGCGCUGGGAGACCCCCUACAUGCACUCGCUGGCGGCUGUGGCCGCGUCGAGGGGCGGCCGCGUGCUGGAGGUGGGCUUCGGCAUGGCCAUCGCCGCCACCAAGGUGGAGGAGUUCGACGUUGAGGAGCACUGGAUCGUCGAGUGCAACGAGGGAGUUUUCCGGCGGCUGGAGGAGUGGGCCAGGACGCAGCCGCACAAGGUCGUGCCCCUGAAGGGUCUGUGGGAGGACGUGAUGCCGACGCUGCCGGACGGGCACUUCAGGGGGAUCCUGUAUGACACCUACCCGCUGUCGGAGGAGAGCUGGCACACCCAUCAGUUCACCUUCAUCAAGGACCAUGCCUUCCGCUUGCUGCAGCCCGGCGGGGUCCUCACCUACUGCAACCUGACCUCCUGGGGGGAGCUGCUGAAGACCAAAUACACUGACAUCGAGAAGAUGUUUGAGGAGACCCAGGUAGGGCAACUGGUGGAGGCCGGGUUCAAGAAGGAGAACAUCAGCACGACGGUGAUGGACCUGGUCCCCCCCAAGGACUGCAGGUACUACUCCUUCCACAAGAUGAUCACACCCACCAUUGUUAAGCAGUGAGGGUGCCGGCAGCCUGGCACCGUCCUUCGGGGCUGCUCCGAAGCCGCAGGAAGCAAACACUAAGGAGGAGAGGCUGAUUAUCUCCACUGCAAGGAGAAAAACUCUUAUCUCCUUUGAUGCUAUUGAGAGAAGAUUGAAGCUGAUUAAUCUGGAGACGGGAGAUGGCUGGAGGCUUGCGAUGGAAGUCCUGGGUCUCCAGGGGACCUCCUGGACAAAAGGACUUGGGACUCUUGCCUCACCGCAAAUGUCACCAAGCUCGAUGCAGCCCCCUGCCCUGGAGGGGUCCUCUGGGCUCUGUGGAGGAAGGUCCCACCCUGCAUCUGUCCCAGAGGCCAGUUUCUACUCAAGACUCACCCUCAUCUCCAAAUACCUCAAUUAAGCUGCAGUUCAAGAGUGUGGCUCAGAACCUUUAGCCAAAGGGGUUCAAGGACGAGACGUUUCCUCUAAAAACUGGAUCAUUUUUAGAAGCCAUGGGGUGGCUUUCCACACACAGGCCAAAUAAUCUAAACCCGGCAGGAGAAAUGGGGAAGACGGGGCAGUUGGAGGCAUUUUGACUGCUCCUGGAGCAAAUCCCCAGUGAAGGUUCCAGAUAGUUUUGGCUAAAGCCCACUGCAGCGAGUUCUGAUCCUGACAACCUCCUUGCAGUUCAAUAGCGCAUAAAUGACGUUUCCUCUCUCUACCCAGACGGGGUAAAAUCCAUUAAAAAGGAAUGAAAUAAACAA